AUGGCUUCAAUGUAUAACACAGGUCGUCUUCUGCGUUUCUCUAAACUUCGUCUUCCUUCUCUAACCUCGAGCAUCUUCCCCAAAUCUUCUCCUGUUUCUGCUUCCAUGGAUGCUUCGAAUCUCAAUUCUUCUUCUUCCAGCAAACCUUCCUUCUCUUCUUUCGCUCAGUCUAGCAGCGGCGGUAGAGGAAGAGGAUAUGAGAGAGAUAACGACCGACGGAGACCUCAGGGCCGCGGCGGCGGAGGAGGAGGCGGUAAAGAUAAAAUCGAUGCGCUUGGACGACUCUUGACGAGAAUCUUGAGACACAUGGCUACAGAGCUGAGAUUGAGCAUGAGAGGUGAUGGGUUUGUCAAAGUUGAAGACUUGCUUAAGCUGAAUUUGAAAACAACUGCAAACCUUCAGCUGAAGUCACACACGAUUGAUGAAAUCAGAGAGGCAGUGAGAAGAGACAAUAAGCAACGUUUUAGCCUCAUUGAAGAGAAUGGAGAGUUCUUGAUUCGCGCAAACCAAGGCCAUUCAAUUACGACGGUUGAGUCCGAGAAGUUACUGAAACCAAUAUUAUCACCGGAAGAAGCUCCAGUGUGUGUACAUGGAACUUAUAAGAAGAAUUUGGAAUCGAUCUUAGCGUCAGGGUUAAAGCGAAUGAAUAGACUGCAUGUUCACUUCUCUUGUGGCUUACCAACAGAUGGUCAAGUGAUAAGUGGCAUGCGAAGAGAUGUAAAUGUUCUAAUCUUCCUCGACAUCAAGAAAGCUCUCCAAGAUGGGAUUGCGUUCUACGUUUCAGAGAAUAAGGUGAUUUUGACAGAAGGCGUUGAUGGGGUAGUGCCUGUUGAUUACUUCCAGAAGAUCGAUGCUCAAUUCGUGCUUCUUCUAGCUGAGAACGAAAACCGUAAGCUCAAAUCCGAUUCUGUAACCAUGAGUCGCUCAGGGCAGCCUCCGGAUCUUAAAAAGUACAUGGAUAAGAAACUCCAAAUCAAGCUUAAUGCCAACAGAAUGGUUGAAGGAACUCUACGUGGGUUUGAUCAGUUCAUGAACCUUGUCGUUGAUAACACCGUGGAAGUGAGCGGUAAUGACAAAACAGACAUCGGAAUGGUGGUGAUUAGAGGAAACAGCAUUGUCACUGUUGAAGCUCUCGAACCAGUAGGCAGAUCUUCUUAA